AAAAUCCAUUGAUAAUCUGUUUAACUAAUUAAUAAACUACUAACACGCACAUGAGAAUAAACGAUAACCGUGGCCAACGAGAACGCUUGGCGAGAGAAGUUCUCAAGAACCAAUUAAACGUGGGCUCUACAAACAAUUCCCAAUGGAAAGCAACUGAAUCACCUGUUGUCGCAGCCCUUACACCUGAACAAAUGUAUUCAAACUUUGAAGAAUGGAUUAAGAUGUGCACAGACAAUAAAAUCAACGCGACAAAUACAUGGAACUUUGCAUUGAUCGAUUACUUUCAUGAAAUGACAUUUAUUCGAGAUGGCGAUUCGAUCAAUUUUCAAAAAGCAUCUUGCACACUUGAUGGUUGUGUAAAGAUUUACACCUCCAGAGUUGACUCAGUGGCAACAGAGACUGGAAAACUUCUGAGUGGAUUAACAGAUAGUGCCAGAAACACACCUGAUGAAGGUGAUGAUAUUCAGAGAGAAGAAGGAGGAGAGAAAAGAACUCGAAGACGGACAAAUCGAUCAGAGUCAACCCUCCUCAAAGACUUUUCUUCAAUUGCGCUCAAGAAAUUCGAUCUUGAUUUUUCAGUGGAUCCUUUAUUUAAAAAGACUUCGGCCGACUUUGAUGAAGGUGGUGCAAGAGGAUUACUACUUAAUCACCUAGGAAUCGAUAGAAAUUGCAAAAUCAUCUUUGAUGCAUCUGAUGCAAGUGCGGAUCAGGACCCUGAGAAAACAAGGGUAAAGACAGUUGAAGAAGUAGAGCCAGCGAAAACUAUAGAUGAAGAUACUGUGAUGGGGGAAGCCGACGUAGAAAAACCUGCUACUAUUGUUGUUAACACAGAUGAAUCAGACGCACCCGACGACAUGGUUGAUAUUUCACGGUUAAGAGCACGACUACCCUCAAUGGAUACAUUAAACGAACUACAGAUAUGUCCUACAUUACAAGGCUAUGGAUUCUUCUCAGAAACAAACGAUAAGAUUCCAAAUCUGGAUGACUACAACAUAAACGAGCUUCCUCGUAACGCCGCUUUAGAUAUGCCAUUAGAGCCAAUCGAGGAUGUGAAUGCUAAUCCAGCCAAUGAUGAUGAUAUGGGGGAUAUGCUUGAUAUUGACUACGACUAUGAUAUUAUGGAAGAUGGCGGAGAAGGGCUUGAUAUGGAUCCAUUUGAGAUGGGUAACGAUGAGCAGCCAGCACAAGAUGAAUCUAUCGAGAAAGACAAUGAUAAACAGACCGAUAAGGACGGGGCUCCUAUCGACUUUUUAAAUCAGAAUUUUGGGAUGGGCAUGUUAGAUAGCGAAGACAAAGAUCUCUUUAGCUACUUUGAUACGAGCUUAGCAAAGAAUUGGGCUGGGCCAGAACAUUGGAAGCUACGACGACCAGUGAUACAAAUUAAAUCUGCCCAAGAAACUGGGUCAGCCGAAGGACAGCCAAAAAAGAAGCCAAAGGAAACCUUCCAGAUAGAUUUCUUCAGCGAAGACGACAUAGACGAAGAUACGCUGUUUGCUACAGACAAAAAGGCCAAGCUAACUAUAUCUGGCACAAAAGAAUCAGUUGAUAUGCGACACCUUUUACCAGAUGAUAUGCAUUUCUCUUCUAAACAGUUGCUCAAGUUCUUUCUUAAACCAAUGUUUACUGUUAAUGCGCGCCAACGUAAACGCAUAAUCGACCAAGAGGAUCUACAAGAGUCUACCCAACUUGGUACAGACAAUGUUGCAGAACCUGAUGUGCAGUACUGGGCGGAUCAGGAUGUUCCAGAUAUCGACUUUGACAAUGGUGAUGUCCCAUCGGGAAUACCCGAGGCCGAUCAAACUCAAAUGACAACCUUUGACGACGCAGCCUUUUAUCAAGACACAUUUUAUGACACUGUUGCAGAUAUCGACGAAUCAGAGUUAUACGGCGAUCAACUUAUUACCAACCAUCGAUUGAAAAAAGCAAAACCACUUUAUGUAAACUAUGCAAGAACAGCAAAGAGGGUAGAUGUCAAGAAGCUAAAAGAUAAUAUCUGGAAAGCUCUCACAAAACCCAGUAAAGAUAUAUCUGUUAGUGCUCCAGAAAUCCCUGACACACUUCAAGAAGUCCGUCGUUUUACAGAUGUCGUCCAGGAUCUCAAAAAGAUGUACACAGCCAAGACUAUGAAAGAUAUAUCUGUUCCUUUCUGUUUUAUUUGCCUCCUUCAUCUUGCCAACGAGAAAAAUCUAACCAUCUCAGGUUCAAAGAGAGGGAAAGGAACCCAAAAUCAGGAUAGCGACAAUGACGACGAUGACGAUGGCUUUGUACUAGGUGAAGGCGACUGGAUGAAAGACGAAGCACUCUUGAGUGAGGUGACGGUGUUCCAGAAUCUGUAGCUGUAAUUCCCUCCUUUCCCCCCUUGUAUAUUUCUGGUAUCGGUACCUUUCUUGUUUCAUGAAAGACUGGUUAUUGAGCCGAGUAGAUCUCAUCUCAUUUAGUAUCAUAUAAUUCUUGUUCACUCGUUUUCAUU